UCAUCUGUCAUUUCGUUUCAAAUUUUCAUUGUCAAAGACCGCGCCAAAAUCUAACCAACAAAACACCUAAACACUAGUUUUUUAUUAUUAGUAGGUACCUAAUAAUUUAGCUUGUUUAUUCAAAAUAGUAAAUUAAUCAGAAUAACAUCAACUAAUGUCAUUUCGGAGUUUAAUUUUAAGUUUGUAAUCUAUCGUAGUAAUGGAUUUUAACAUCAAAAGAAAGUCUAACAAAACAGUUGUUACUGGCAGUCUUGUAGAAAAUUAUCCACAUGAUUUUCAAAUGUAUAAAGUUCCACCUACUGAAAACAUAUCAUUAAACGAGUUUGAAGCCCUUGCGUUAGAGAGGCUAACUCUCUUACGAUGUUUAGCCACAGCAACAACUUUAAAGGGUCUAAGACCCUAUUCCGAAGAAUGGACGGAUUUUGUGCUUGGUGACUUAAAAACUCAAGGGUUGAAGUAUUAUGCGAGACUGUGUGAGAAGUCUGGUUGCGGAACACAAGAAGCUGAUUUGCAAGCAAGACGCAAAGAUCAUAUUGCCCAUUUUAUUCUGAGAUUAGCAUAUUGUAGAACUGAGGAACUACGCCGGUGGUAUAUUUCACGGGAGCUGGAACUCUUCAAAAUGAGAUUCAUGACUAUGAAGAGUGAUGCUGUUGAAGCAUUUUUCAAACUAAACAAUCUUUGCUAUACAAGCAUAGGUGAUGAUGAGAAAAAUGAGCUUAUGAAGUAUUUGAGAGAAUCCACAUUUCACCAAAACACCCAAAAUAUAGAAACAUUUAAGUUUUAUAAGGUAAAGUUUUUUGAAGUUUUAGAUUUGGUGAAAGCUAGGAAAGUGUACCUCAAAGGUGGAUAUGCUUAUGUUCCUCAUAAAGAUUUCAUAUCAGUCCUUUCAGCACAAUUCAGGACUCAUCUACGGCAAAGCCUGGCUAUUGCUUGUCAACAUUUAGGUGAAAUAGAACAAGAUGAGAGACUUGUGUCAUUACUCAAAGGAUUACAUCAGGCAUACUCUGGCAAUGAUUUCAUAAGUGAUGCUAAGGUUAUUGUACCAAUUGAGAGUAUUGACUCUCUAUCUGUAAAAUCAUUCCCCUUGUGUAUGCGACAACUACAUGAACAGCUACGUUCAGCCCACCAUCUGAAACAUGGUGGCAGGCUUCAAUAUGGACUUUUCUUAAAAGGAAUAGGAGUGACACUCGAAGAUUCACUCAGAUUUUGGAGAGAGGAGUUUACUAAAAUAAUGGAAUUGGACAAAUUUGAAAAGCAAUAUGCUUACAACAUCAGAUACAACUAUGGUAAAGAAGGAAGCAAAAAGAACUAUACACCUUUUAACUGUUUAAAAAUAAUCAACACCAAUGUGGGGCCUGGAGAAUGUCAUGGUUGCCCAUUCAGACACAGUGAUUUUAGCAUUUUGAAAAAUAAAUUAAAAGGAUAUGGGCUGGAAGGACAAGCUGUCAAUGAUAUAGUAGAUAUGACUAAGAAGGGGCAUUACCAGAUUGCCUGCAGUAAAUAUUUCGAUGCGGUCCACAAUACAGAUCUUGGUUUGGGUAUAAAUCAUCCCAAUCAAUUCUUUGAAGAGAGCCAGAAACUUAUAAAAGGUGAAAUUAAAAUAGAACCAAAAAAGGAACCUAAACCAAACAAUAACAUUAAGAAAGAAGAUGAUUUUGAAGAUAUGGACCUUGAUGAGAUAAAAGAGUGGAAAGAAGGUUAAACUUUUUGUUAAAUAAAAAUUAUUUCAUCUAGUAAAUACUUUUGUACAAU